ACUUCAUCAUCCGCGCAUGCGCAGCAGCUCCCUCUCCUCUCCUCCUGCCUCUCCUAUGACUGACCGCUAGUGACCUCAGUUUCUGCAGCAGCACACAACUUGAGACGGCACACACCCGCACACACACACACACACACACACACAUACACAAAAAACCCACGCGAGGAGAGAUGUCCGGUAUAUUCGGGAAGAUCUUCGUGGGCAUUUACGUGGAGAUAAAACGGAGCGACGGACGAAUACACCAGGCGAUGGUCACAUCACUGCACGAGGACAAUGACAGUGUGACAGUGGAGUGGAUCGAGAAUGGAGACACCAAAGGGAAAGAGAUCGAUCUGGAGAGCGUCUUUGCUCUGAAUCCAGAUGUUGCUCCUGAUGAGGAGAUACCACAGAGCCCUGAGGCUCCUCUUCCUCCCUCCAGUGUUGCCAAAACCAGCAAACUCCCCAAGACUAAACGGAUUACAUCAAUACCUAAGGCUGAGAAUGCUCCACGAGAGAACAGAGCUGCAGCAGUGGGAACCACCCGGGCCCGUCCCAGCCAGCACAGCCAAGCUGCAGAGCCACCUCCCCCAGCCAUCGCUCCCCCGACUGCACUAAACCAGUCGAUGCUACAGCAGCAGAACGCACGGAGGAAAUCCAACUGUGUGAAGGAAGUGGAGAAACUGCAGGAGAAACGCGAGAAGAGGCGACUUCAGCAACAAGAGCUCAGAGAGAAGAGAGCACAAGAGGUGGAUGUGAAUUUACCAAACUAUGAAAUCAUGUGUAUGAUCAGAGACUUCAGAGCCAGUCUGGACUACAGGCCUUUAACCAGUAAUGAUCUGAUCGAGGAGCACAGGAUAUGUGUGUGUGUGCGUGCACGUCCUCUCAAUAAAAAAGAGCUGUCGAUGAAGGAUUUGGAUGUGAUCACCAUUCCCAGUAAGGACGUGGUGAUGGUCCACGAGCCCAAGCAGAAGGUGGAUCUGACUCGCUACCUGGAGAACCAAACUUUCCGAUUCGACUACGCCUUCGAUGAGAACUCCACCAAUGAAAUGGUUUACAGGUUCACAGCUCAGCCGCUGGUUGAAACCAUUUUUGAGCGUGGGAUGGCGACCUGCUUUGCAUAUGGACAAACUGGAAGUGGAAAAACACAUACGAUGGGAGGCGACUUUUCAGGAAAGAACCAGGACUGCUCUAAAGGGAUCUAUGCACUGUCCGCCAGAGACGUCUUUCUCAUGAUAAAGAAGCCAAAUUACAAGAAGAUGGAUCUCCAAAUCUUUGCUACGUUCUUUGAGAUUUACAGUGGCAAGGUGUUUGACCUGCUGAACCGCAAAGCCAAGCUGCGUGUCCUUGAGGACGGGAAGCAGCAGGUGCAGGUGGUGGGGCUGCAGGAGAGGGAGGUGAAGUGCACAGAGGACGUCCUCAAACUCAUCGAAGUGGGAAACAGCUGCAGGACUUCUGGUCAGACCUCGGCCAAUGCUCACUCUUCUCGGAGCCACGCUGUCUUCCAGAUCAUUCUCCGUCGGCGGGGAAAGAUGCACGGAAAGUUCUCCCUUAUUGAUCUGGCGGGUAACGAGAGAGGAGCGGACACAUCCAGCGCUGACCGUCAGACUCGCCUUGAAGGAGCUGAGAUCAACAAGAGCCUGCUGGCACUAAAGGAGUGUAUUCGAGCGCUGGGCAGGAACAAACCUCACACUCCAUUUAGAGCCAGCAAGUUAACCCAAGUCCUGAGGGACUCGUUCAUCGGAGAGAACUCCAGAACAUGCAUGAUUGCAACCAUCUCUCCUGGGAUGGCGUCAUGUGAAAACACCUUGAACACGCUGAGAUACGCCAACAGAGUAAAGGAGUUUGGGAUCAGUCCCUCAGAUAUUCCCUUCUCUCAGAGCGGGGGAGGAGGGAGUCGCUCUGAGCUCUCCCCUACUUAUGAGGUGAAGGAGCUUACCGUGGACCCUGCAGCAGCGAUGGACAUCCGUCAGGGAGGACACAUCAACCAGCUGGAGGUGCUGGAGGCUCAGUGGGGAGUCGGGAGUUCUCCGCAGAGAGACGAUCUGAAGCUGCUCUGUGAACAGAACGAGGAGGAGGUUUCCCCACAGCUCUUUACUUUCCAUGAGGCCGUCUCUCAGCUGGUGGAGAUGGAGGAGCAGGUUCUGGAGGACCACAGGGCCGUUUUCCAGGAGUCGAUCCGCUGGCUGGAAGAUGAGAAGGUGCUUUUGGAAAUGACGGAGGAGGUGGACUACGAUGUCGAGUCUUUCGCAACUCAACUAGAACAAAUCCUGGAUCAGAAGAUCGACAUCCUCACUGAGCUGAGAGAUAAAGUCAAGUCUUUCCGUUCUGCGCUGCAGGAAGAGGAGCAGGCUAGCCAACAGAUAACCCCGAAGAGGCCUCGUGCACUAUAGACACACAUAAGAUGUUUCACUGUAAUACUGACUUGAGAAAGGUGAAGGCCUGCCGCUGAGGAGGUCCAGAGCUGAUUUGGCUCGGCUGUGAUUUUACAACUUACUGUCUUCUGUGCGUUUGGUCUCUCCUCAACCCCUUUGCUGUACAGGCUGCCGUCGCUUCCCAUCAUGCAUCCGUCCAUCUGUCAAACCAAAGAGCAGGCCGUCGUUGCUCUUCCAUCCUCCUGUGAAGUGUAUUUACAAGGUUUUGUAUGUGUGAUAAGUCACAAGUGCUUCAUUUUAAAAACAAAAAAAAAAAGGUGAAUAUUUGUUUUAAAUACAUUUUUAUAGAGUGGAAUCAUAGCUUCUCCUCACUUUGGCCAGUUUUAUAAACAACUUUUGCCAUUUUGUGCAAUAUUUGGGAGGAUUUUCUUCCUGUUUGUCCCCUUGUUUCAACUCAGGGGUGAACAGGGCAUGUGCAGUUUGUGUGUAAAAUGAGCCACUGUGUGUUUGUGUUGAUACUGUAUGUAAUAUAUGUCUGACUGAGAGGAAGCUUCGAACACAGAACUAACCUUGCAUUACAUUUAUUGACCUAAUGGGGGCACUAUAAUCAAAGACAAAGCAGUUGAUUUCAGAGCGUGCCGCACCACCAUUACUGAAACAGUAAUUUUUCAUUUGCCAAAAUAAAGAAACUCUACUUCUUGUUGCUGUA